AUGGGAAGCUGCAAGAGGUUACCGCUUGGCACAAUCGCCACACUUUUGCUUUUCAUUCAAAUCAGUUUUUAUCAAUGCGACGGGAAAACGGCUGAAGAAUGGAAAGGAAGGAUAAUAUAUCAGCUCCUGACGGAUCGGUUUGCCCCCUCUGGAGAUUUACCGUCCAGAAAAUGUGAUGAUUUAAAGAACUAUUGCGGUGGCACGUUCAAAGGGAUUGAAAAACACCUGGACUACAUAACAGGCCUGGGCGUUGAUGCUAUAUGGAUCUCACCCAUUGUGCAAAAUACCGAUAGAGGUUACCAUGGUUACUGGGCUCAGAACAUAUUUGAAAUAAAUCCGCACUUUGGAAGCCGGGAUGAUCUGAAAUCCUUAGUAGCAGCCUGUCACGAGAGGGGAGUCUGGGUAAUGCUUGACCUUGUGGCCAACCACAUGGGUUACCCACCCGGUACUGGAUUUAAUAACCUUAUUCCUUUUAAUGAAUCAAGACAUUACCAUCCCCAACAUUCUUACAUAAAAUGGCCUCAAGAAUGUAAAGACCAAUGGAAGAUCGAGAACUACUGGCUUGCAGGCCUACCUGAUCUUGACCAAAGCAAUCAAUUUGUAGCCACAACGCUCUUGAAAUGGAUCCAAGGUCUGACUGACGAGUUUGGCUUUGACGGUUAUCGCCUGGACACUACCAUACAGGUUCCAAAGACAUUCUGGGCAGAGUUUCGUAAAGCUGGAGGAGCGUUUAUGAUCGGGGAGGCAAACAAUGGUCCCCCACCCUGUGGAUCAAUGGAAUAUGUAGCGGAAUACCAGGGGUAUAUUGACUCUGUGCUAGCUUAUCCAAUGUACUGGACCCUGCGGAAGAUCUUUCAGGAAAAAUCAAAGGAUUUUACUGCACUUAGUGCUGCCGUAAAGAGUUCCUACACAAUUUAUAAGGACAGAUCAGUCUUUGGAGGCUUUCUGGAUAACCACGACAAUCAAAGAUUCUUGAAUCUUAACCCAAGCCACACAUCACUGAAGAACGCUCUUGCAUUUUUGAUGAUGGGAGACUGGAUCCCAAUUUUGUACUACGGCACCGAACAGGGAUUUAACGGCGGCUCCGACCCAAAUAACCGUGAAUCUCUUUGGCCCUCUUUGUCCACCGCAAACCCAUUGUAUAAGUUUAUUCAGACACUCGCGAAGUUCAGAAGAUCUCUUGGAAAUGAAUGGAUACAAGACAAACAGGUGGAGAGGCACGUCCAGGCUGAUGCUUAUGCCUUCUCUAAAGGAGGCAUACUGGUUGUCAUAACCAAUCUGGAUACAUCCAUCAAUAUUUCGGUCAGGGAUACCCCAUACCAACCGGGGAAUACUCUGGGGAAUGUUUUGAAUUCUUCAGAAACUCUAACCGUUUCUUCAGAUGGUUCUCUACCAGUAACAUUAAACUCGGGUCAGCCCCUUGUUCUUUUCAAGAAAUAAAUGAUUGGGUAACGAGGGCUAAAGGAUCUUGAUAUUCAUGGGAGGCAUGAACUGUUCCUAGUAAUUUCCCUUCGUCAAAAUUUUAGUUACUAUAUUUCCGUUCAGUCAAAAUAAUCAAGCUUUUUUUCAUUUUUUUUUUUUCGAUUAGCCAUGGUCAUUAAAAUUUGGGCUUCAUCUGGUGAUAAGAAAUUCAAGCUUGAAUUUGACAAGCUGCAAAUGAGAUUCAAAGUUUAUUGGACAAAAUUUAUUUUAUUUUUUUCCAGACCACUCAAUAUUGUUAUAGAGACAAAUUUCAGUCUCUUUCGAUGGAAAAAAAUUAAGGAUUUUCACUGAUGCCUUUUUUCUUCCAAUCCUUUGAUUCUUGGGGUAACGCUUUUCAUAAUCACAUCACCGAUAGACAAGCGACAUAGCAGGGAAAUAUUGGCCAGAAUACAAAAUUGACACGUGGAAGCUUAAAAUAAUUAAUAUCUGUUAAGUUUUUAAGCAAUAGAGACCAUCAUCUUGCUUUUGGUUUACCAGUGUAAUAAGGCACGAAAGAUGGUCGGUCAAAAUGCUGGUAAUCGAUAGUGUUAGCGGCCUGUUGAUUAAAAAUAGUUGAGGUUUCUCUGGUUUUAAUUGUGAUUUUUUGACCAAUCAGAGCACGUGUAGUGUCUUGCUUAUUUCAGCAUCUAAUAGGAAUUAAUGCAUAACGCAGGUUUAAUAACUUAAUUCUUUUUUCAGGAAUAAUAGGGAGCCGACGUUUUCGAACGUGUCAUGAAAGCAUGCUGAGCAGGGAAACUUAGGCCAUGUGCGACAGUAAGUCGGUUUAUUUGAAUGAGGGUGCGUUAGACAACAGGUCACCAGCCAUCGCUUAAUUGAAAAACAACUAUUUCCAGGGUCCAAAAACUUGGCCCACGAGGUAGCGAGCCUUUCAAUGGACUUCGCCAGCUCCCGGGGCUUUUCCUUUUAAUCAAAAGGCAAAGUCCUGGGGAGAAAUUUAUUUUUGAGCUAUGAUCUGCUAUCAUUGAUCGUUAUAUCAGAAACUUGCAGUGUAUGUCGCUAUUUCUCAUCGAUUGUUAUGCAGUUCUACUCCCUUCCUGAUCUUAAGAACGGAUUUCUUAAGCCAAACCAUUUUUUAACAGCCGAUUUAACACUAGAAAACUGUGUGAUGCAUCAUUUUUUGUUUAUGAAUGAUAACAAAUUUCGCAGGUGUCGUAGUCGCACUGUGUAAAGUUUUAGUAAUAUAACGCGAAAGAAAACGA